AUGAGCAACAAAGACGACAUUACAAAGUGUUCCCCAGCCCCGAUCUCCAGCUUUACCAUCCAGUCCAUACUUGGGACCUCGUCGAAGGAAGAACGCACAGGUUGCAAAGACAAUGCAAAAGUAAAUGCUAGGAAGCGAUGUUUGUCCGAUUCCUCGGACGAAGAGUUAACCGAGGAAGGAUACAAAGAUCUAGACUGCUUCUGUUCUGACUCUGGCCCGGGAGAGCCCUGUCGCAGACACCAGACCAUCAGCUACACGUGUGUGAGUAAUUCUAAAGGAGUUGGCACCGCUGGGCAGGAAAACACGGAGAGGAGGCAGCCGUACCUGUCGCAAGAUAGUCAGAUUUACAAGGAAGAAAAGGAGAAAAAUUGCUUGCAGACAUCAUCAGACAGACAGAGGGAGACAGACAGACAGGGGAAUCCGGCCAAAAAGAAGACACGUACGGUUUUCUCCCGGAGCCAAGUCUACCAACUAGAAUCGACGUUCGACAUGAAACGUUACCUGAGCAGCUCGGAAAGAGCUUGCCUCGCCACCAGCCUCCAGCUCACAGAGACCCAGGUCAAAACCUGGUUCCAGAACCGUAGGAACAAGUGGAAGCGGCAGCUCUCAGCAGAACUCGAGGCAGCUAAUAUGGCCCACGCGUCAGCGCAGACUCUUGUAGGAAUGCCUCUAGUUUUCAGAGACAACUCCCUUUUGAGGGUUCCAGUCCCCAGAUCAAUUGCGUUCCCAGCUCCUUUGUACUAUCCAGGCAGCAACGUUACAGCUCUUCCCUUCUACAAUCUCUACAACAAAAUCGAAUACUGA